UCCUUAUCCUUCGAGCCGGUUCUAGGGUUUUUCUAGGGUUUCCACCAUGGCUCACGCGCUGGGAAGGUGCAUGGCCGCUUCCACACUCCCCUCUCUCCAUCUUUCUUCUUCUCCUUUGGCCUCCAGUGGUGCCCGAGCUUUGAGAUUGAGGGCUUCAUUUUUUCCGGGUUUGGUUGCAAGCUCUAAGAGGGGCCUAGCUCAGAAGGGGUUGAGAUUGAGAAGAGGGAUUAGGUGCGACGCUGCUGUUGCUGAGAAGGACGCUGAGGAGACCUCUGGUGAGAAGUUUGAGUAUCAGGCCGAGGUGAGCCGCCUGUUGGAUUUAAUUGUUCAUAGUUUGUAUAGCCACAAGGAAGUAUUCCUCCGGGAACUCGUAAGCAAUGCUAGUGAUGCUCUAGAUAAGUUGAGGUUUUUAAGUGUCACUGAUUCUUCAUUGCUUGGUGAUGCCGGGGAAUUGGAGAUCCGUAUCAAACCAGAUCCUGACAAUGGGACUAUUACCAUAAGAGACACUGGAAUUGGUAUGACUAAGCAAGAACUUGUUGAUUGUCUUGGGACUAUUGCUCAGAGUGGAACUUCAAAAUUCUUAAAAGCUCUGAAGGAGAACAAGGAUCUUGGGGCAGACAAUGGCUUAAUUGGCCAGUUUGGUGUUGGAUUCUACUCUGCUUUUCUUGUUGCAGAUCGGGUUGUUGUGUCAACAAAAAGCCCUAAAUCGGACAAGCAAUAUGUUUGGGAAGCAGUAGCUGACAGUAGCUCAUAUGUGAUUAGAGAAGAGACAGAUCCUGAGAAAUUGAUCCCCCGCGGAACUGAAAUAACCCUAUAUCUUCGGCCAGAUGAUAAGUAUGAAUUUUCUGACCCAUCAAGGAUUCAGAGUCUGGUUAAGAAUUACUCACAGUUUGUGGCCUUUCCCAUUUUCACAUGGCAAGAGAAGUCAAGGACUGUAGAGGUUGAGGAGGAGGAAGAACCGAAGGAAGGUGAAGAAGUAAAACCAGAGGACGAGACUAAUAAGAAAAAGAAAACUGUCACUGAGAAAUAUUGGGACUGGGAAUUGGCAAAUGAAACCAAACCUAUUUGGAUGCGGAAUUCAAAGGAGGUUGAGAAAAAUGAAUAUAAUGAGUUCUAUAAGAAGACAUUCAAUGAAUUCUUGGAUCCUCUUGCAUACAGUCAUUUCUCCACGGAGGGUGAGGUUGAAUUCAGAAGUGUACUAUACGUUCCUGGAAUGGCACCAUUAAACAACGAGGAUAUAGUGAACCCCAAGACAAAGAAUAUACGCUUGUAUGUCAAACGUGUUUUUAUUUCAGAUGAUUUCGAUGGUGAACUGUUUCCCCGAUAUUUGAGCUUUGUGAAAGGUGUGGUGGAUUCCAAUGAUCUUCCUCUUAAUGUUUCACGUGAGAUUCUUCAAGAGAGCCGAAUUGUGCGAAUCAUGCGCAAGAGACUUGUCAGAAAAACAUUUGAUAUGAUUCAGGAGAUAUCUGAAAAAGAUGACAAAGAGGAUUACAAGAAAUUCUGGGAGAACUUUGGUAAGCUUCUCAAGUUGGGAUGUAUAGAGGACUCCGGAAAUCAUAAGCGUCUUGCUCCUUUACUUCGGUUCCAUUCUUCAAAGAGUGAAGAGGAUAUGAUAAGCCUUGAUCAGUAUGUUGAGAAUAUGGCUGAGAGUCAGAAUGCUAUUUACUACUUGGCCACAGACAGCCUAAAGAGCGCCAAAACUGCCCCAUUCUUGGAGAAGUUGGUCCAGAAGGAUAUUGAAGUUUUGUACCUUGUUGAGCCCAUUGAUGAGGUGGCAAUCCAGAACUUGCAGACCUACAAAGAAAAGAAAUUUGUGGAUAUUAGCAAGGAGGAUCUAGAACUAGGUGAUGACGAUGAGGUCAAAGAAAGAGAAAGCAUGCAAGAAUACAAUCUUCUAUGUGAUUGGAUAAAGCAGCAGCUUGGUGACAAGGUAGCAAAGGUUCAAAUCUCAAAGCGGCUUAGCUCUUCACCUUGUGUUCUCGUUUCUGGCAAGUUUGGAUGGUCUGCAAACAUGGAAAGGCUCAUGAGAGCGCAGACACUUGGUGAUACCUCUAGUUUGGAGUUCAUGAGAGGAAGAAGAAUACUCGAAAUCAAUCCAGAUCACCCAAUCAUCAAAGACUUGAGUGCUGCUUGCAAGAACGAUCCAAGCAGCACAGAAGCUCAGAGGGCUGUUGAUCUAUUAUAUGACACUGCCCUUAUCUCGAGUGGAUUCACGCCUGACAGCCCGGCUGAGUUAGGAAACAAAAUAUACGAAAUGAUGGCUAUUGCUCUUGGUGGGAGAUGGGGAAGAUCAGAGACGGACGAGGGGGACGAACCUAUUUCAGAAGCUAGCUCUGAAACAGCAUUCUCCGAACCCACAGAUGCGGAGGUGGUUGAGCCCUCUGAAGUGAGGACUGAGAAUGAUCCAUGGAAAGAUUGAGUUCUGAAAUUGAAAAUGACAGAAGUCUUUUCUUGCCAGUGAACCGGUGGACGGCCAAAGAAGGUUAUAAGGAGGGAAUGAUGCUGUGUUUCCAAAACAGAUGAAUUAUACAAUAGAGCUGAAUGAGAACAUGCCAGUUUUUGUAGUCUGCUAGUUUAAAUCAUGGUAAUGCUUAAUAAAUUAUUUAAAGAAACUGUGUUCCAAAAAGCGCCUUGUUUGAAUUCAUGUGAUAUCAAAAUGCAAGCGUACUAUUGUUCAGUGAUGAUCUCUUUGUUAACCAUGACAAUUCUUUUCUCGUUGAGGAAUAUUUUAUUCAUUCA